ACAAUAUGUAGAGAAUCCUAAUGUGUCGCUCUUGCCUCAGCUACGUCUGAAAUGUUAAAUGAUCGUCAACUUUAUCUCAAGUUACUGUAGUAUUCCGGCAAAUAUGUUAGCACACGCUCAGGAACUGAAGCUAACUAACGUUAGCAACCAGGCGUUUAAGUUAGCCUGUGAUGCCACUGAUUUGGCUGUUAUUGCUGUGUGUUCGCUAACUAGCUUUACCUAGCUGUGCUACUAAAUAGAGACCAGAGUGGCCUGACAAGCUUUGUAGUUAUUACUAGCUGGUAGUAAAUGUUAUCUAAUGGCUUUCUAGCCAUUUUGCAACAAUUUAAACCGAACUAGGCCGGCGACAUUAUGUAGCUGAAAUAUUGUCUCUCUCCAGUUAGCCAAGUAGCUUGCUAGCGUAUGCUAACCGCAACCCGGGGCCUAAGGGUGUCAAAGCAGUUGUCUCUCAUCAAAUUCAGGCAUAAAGGCAGAAAGGUGACGUCGGAUGCAGUAAUCGUGUUGUUACGUUAUUCGAAAAAAUGUAUUAAUUACAUAAUUUGGUUUUGCCUGCGUACUUAAGUGAAGAUCAUAUUACUUUGGCCCUACACAAGGAGCCUGUAGCGCUGAAGUCCAACACUGAGUAUGAUUCCCUGGUUGCGGUGGAGGUGAGGAAGCAUGGGGUGGAAAUCUGAGGUGUCAGGACAGACGUGAUGACAGCAUGGUCCAUGGUGGAGAAGCUCAAAAUGGAAAAACGCCCAUGCAGGGAGGACAACAUUGACUCAAGCGAGGCCCAGCAUGCCACUGACGAGUCUGAAGAUGGAAGCAGCUCAGAAAGUGAAUCGGAAGAGCAGCAAGCCCAGAGGGUUCAGGUGAACAACAACAGCUGUAAGAAAAGGGAGCCCUUGGCUGUCACAAAACCCCACCGACAGCUCUGUCGCUCUCCAUGCCUUGACCGGCCCAGUUUCUCCCAGAGUAGCACUGUGCACGAUUUUGUGCAGGAUGAGACCAGCGCAGUACCAGGGAUCAAGCUUGCCAGUGAGAGAGAGUACCAGACCAAGAUGGAAUUUGCUUUGAAGUUGGGCUAUUCAGGAGAGCAGGUGGAGACGGUGCUCAACAAGUUGGGGGCUGCUGCACUUAUUAACGACGUUCUUGCUGAGUUAGUGCGGCUUGGAAACAAAGUAGAGCCUGAAAUUCAACCCUGCAGCAGCACGGCCAUGUCAAUAUCACGGUCGCCCUGUGUUAAAGAGACUGUUAGUCCAGAAGUGUCAGUGGAAGAUGAACCUGUGGAUACCUUUGAUAACCUCAGGCCCAUCGUCAUUGAUGGCUCAAAUGUGGCAAUGAGCCAUGGAAACAAAGAGGUAUUCUCUUGCCGUGGUAUCCAGCUUGCUGUAGAAUGGUUUCUGGAAAAAGGACACAAAGACAUCACUGUGUUUGUCCCUGCCUGGAGAAAGGAGCAGUCAAGACCCGACGCUCUCAUCACAGAUCAAGAAAUAUUACGCAAGCUGGAGAAAGAGAAGAUUCUGGUUUUCACCCCAUCUCGCAGAGUCCAAGGCAGGAGAGUGGUGUGCUAUGACGAUCGCUUCAUAGUGAAGCUGGCUUAUGAUUCUGAUGGAAUUAUUGUGUCAAAUGACAACUACAGGGACUUGCAAAAUGAGAAGCCAGAAUGGAAGAAGUUUAUAGAAGAACGUCUCCUGAUGUACUCAUUUGUCAACGACAAGUUUAUGCCACCUGAUGAUCCUUUGGGGAGACAUGGGCCGAGCUUAGAAAAUUUUCUCAGAAAGCGGCCUGUUGUUCCAGAGCACAAAAAACAACCUUGCCCCUAUGGGAAAAAGUGCACAUAUGGACACAAGUGCAAGUACUAUCACCCAGAACGUGUCAACCAGCCACAGCGGUCUGUGGCAGAUGAACUACGGGCCUUUGCCAAAUUGUCUGCAGUGAAAACAAUGAGCGAGGGGGCUUUAGCUAAAUGUGGUACCGGUCCAGCAACUGUAAAAGGGGACAGCAACUCUGAGGCCAAACGUGUGGCACCCAAACGUCAGUCUGACCCCAGCAUUCGCUCAGUGGCCUGUGAACCUCCAGAGGCACUGUCAGUUGUUAGGAAGUCUGAGACAAAUUCAGUGCCUUCCCUCGUGUCUGCUCUCAGUGUGCCCACCAUGCAGCCUGUCAAGAGCCAUGCAGCUGGGGCCUUGAACACACGAUCAGCCAGCAGCCCAGUUCCAGGUUCUUUGCAGUUCGCUCAUAGUUCCCUGGAGCACAUGUCUAGUGUACAGUACCCUCCUAUUUUAGUUACUAAUAGUCAUGGCGCCUCUGUAACAUACAGUGAACAGUUCCCAAAGUAUGACUCAGUUAGCGACCAUGGAUAUUAUUCACUGCACAGUGAUUUUUCAAAUAUGAGCAUGAGCAGCAUGCAUAAUGUUGACAGUUUCUGUAGCAUGGAGCACGAGCAUGUGUAUCAGAGAAAUCCCAGCCACUGCCCUGAAUCCUGCCUCAGCCAUUCAAACAGUGACUCGUUCUCCUCUUAUGGGGACCUGUAUCCAAGCUCUGUGGACAGUAGCUUAGAGGAGAGCAUGAAGGGGCAGCAGCCGUCUCCUGCACAGGGUAGGAUGCAAGCUUUUUCCCAUGGGUUUCGUCAUGAAGCGCUGACUAGAGUACAGAGUUACGGGCCAGAGGAGCCCAAACAAGGCCCCCGUAAGCAGUCUGGAUCUCAUCUAGCACCACAUAUCCAGCAUGCUGCAGUGGGAGCCAGGUCCAGCUGUCCUGGAGACUAUCCCCUAACUCAGAAUGUCCUCCCGCCUUUGUCCUCACAGCCCACACGGUCUUUGGGUAUGACUCGUAUGGACAGCAUAUCGGAUUCUCGGCUAUAUGAUAGCAACCCAAUGAGACAGAGGCGCCCUCCACUGUGUCGUGAGCAGCAUGCAAGCUGGGACCCUCUCCCUUGUGGUAAUGAGUCCUACGGAUACCAUUCAUAUCCACUGAGUAACAGCCUGAUGCCAUGCUGUGAGCGGGUGAUGGUCCGCAGCAUGCCAGACAAAAUGGAACAAAUCUGGAACUCACCAUGGGACACCCAGUCUGCAGCGGAACACCAAGAGCGGUAUGUUAUCCCAGACCACCAGUAUCAAACAUAUAGGAACCUUUGUAACAUCUUUCCUGCUUACAUAGUCCACUCAGUAAUGGAGAAGAACCCUCAUUUGACGGACCCACAACAACUUGCCGCUGUCAUUGUCACAAAACUGAGGUCAUGCCAUUGAACAGUUGAUCGCAAAGAUAGGCACUUGUUAAAUGUUGCUGCAUGUGCAACAUCUGCCCUCAGGAGUUAAUCAUUUCAAAUGUCUCUAGUGGGGAGUCUGGAAACAGAUUUUACUCUACUAAGAUGGCAGAUGUAAUCAACAUAGAAUAAGUUUUUAUAUGAAGUGUGGUGUAGUUGAGAAAAGGUAACACAUUAAAAUCUGCUUCAUAACACAUUCAUACCACCUGAGCAGGAGCAGCAUAGCAGUGUUUGUUCAACAUGGCAGGUAAUUCUAUAAGUUAUAUAGAAUAAUCUGUCAACAGUUGGCAGGACUGUAAAAUGUCUUUAGAAUAAUUUUAAAUAGGUUCCUUCUCUAAAGAUAUAUAUAUGUGUGUGUAUAUAUAUACACACACACACACACACACACACACACACACACACACACACACACACACACGGAGCCCUAGAGUGUUCGGUAUUAGCUAAAUAUGAAGUAAGUAAUCACAUGAAUACAUUUUCUAGAUUAUAUUUUUAAAAAUGUAAUGUGUGAAACAAUUGAAGAAAUAAUGAAGUGUUACUUAAUCAAUCUUAUUCUUCUUUGUUUUUACAUUUCCCAAAAUACCGUUUUUCAAAAGUGUUUCCUUAUUUAGUAAUGGAAUUUUGCCAAGAAUAAUUUUAUGCUAUAUGACAUAAUAUGAGAAUAUGACAUAAUGAUGUCAGUUUUUAUUUCACACUGUCACUUUUCAGGAGAGGAAUGUCUCUGCUCUCUCACCUUUCAGCCAGUCACAUGCCUUCUGCCAAUCCUAAACCAGAAAACUCAACAGCUGCAGCCAGAUUUUAGACUGUUAGUUCCUGGUAACUAGAACAACGCUGUCAAAGUCAUUAAGAAUUAGCAGUGAGUUAGCUGCUACCAUUUAAAAAUGUAAUAUGCAGACAAAGAAAGUUAAUAUUCCACUACAUUUUUUUAAAUACAAGACAAGCUACCUACCUGGCUGGUUACUAAUUAGGGUUGGAAGCAUUGAUUAUGACUUAGGCAUAAAGUGAAGAGUUUUUCUUUCCUUUUUUUUAAUGUAUUAAUCCAGCAGGAUUUGUAUAACAUUAGCUAAAAAAGUUUAGAUACUGCUUAUGUAUGUAGAGGCAGUCUCCAAUUUGAUCACUUUGGAUUUGUUGUUGCUUUGAUGAACAGUUGCUAACAGGCUAAAUUUAGUAGUGGCUGUUAAGUUUGCUAGCUCCCGGCUGGCUGAAAGUAAGAAUGUUGUGACAAAAUCAAUGUCAUAAACAGUGACACCAUGAAAUGAAGUGUAUCAUUAUGAAAUAAAACGUGACAUUAAUCAAGUGUCACUGGCAAAAUGCUAUUCAGAAUUGAAGACAUGUGAGCAAAGGGUUUUUCGAAGGAAAGGAGGUUACUACAAUAAGACUGAUGAAACAACCUUUUGUAAUGAACUCACUAAACUUCCAAAUCCACCAGCAGAAUAGAAAGGCUUGCUGUCUUUGGAAAAUCACCAGAUUUUCUGACAAUCCCUGAACUAGUCAUGUGUGACGUGCCAUUUGAACACUCAUUAACUGUUUGCGCCAACUAGAUUCUGGUGCUUCUCGUUGCAGUCAAAAAGUCAUCACUGACUCAGCUGUGACUGACAGUUUAGUAAAAAAAAGUUCCAGGACCUUUCGGCUGAAUUAAGCAUCAGAUUACUACAGUAUGCAGAUCAACCAUUUCCCCCAAUGUUGUUCACACCUGUGGACACUUGGAAAAAAAUAUAUAUGUUUGAACAUAAAGUUUUUUUAAAAUGAUAUAUGGCACUGUAACUUUGUCAUACUGCACAAAGGGCAUUUUUGAGUUCUAGCCAUGGUUGUGCUGUGCUCGUAGAGGUGUAGGACUUAAUAUUGCAGUGAAAAAUGAGCCCACAGUGAGUUUAUAACAAAAAAAAAGACACCCAGAAACUGCUUGGGGUUCUGAGGCUUGAUAAUUUCUAAAACUUUUUCACAAAUUUUCUGAUUAGUUUUCUACAGUUUGUUGAUUUAUUUCAUAAUGUAUUUUAUGUAUUAAUCUCGAUUACAAGUAGAUUAUUGAUGGUGGCCAAGUUUUUACCCAUCAAAACUUGAGCCCAAGUUGAAUCCUAAUCAAAUCCUACUUAAUGUAGCUUGCUAGUGGGAGUCAAUGUGAACUAAGUGGAUACAUAAAUGAGUUAACUACAUGGCAACACAGUCAACAUAGGAAGUAAUUACUCAGCAACAUCUCCCACAUUUGCCUUAUUAGAUUUGACAUAAAGACAAGUCAACAUUUGUACACCAUGUAGCUUUUAUGAAGAUCUUGUUCAGGCCCUGUGAAUGUGUUAUGAAAGGCAUCUAAAGUGUUUCUGGUGCAGUGGAACUAUAAAUAACCUUGCUUAGGUCUGCCUCUGCUGUAAAUAAUUCUUGUGUUUUUUUUAUUUUAUUGGUGCAUUUAUUUUAAAGAUGAGUAAGAGGGAGGUAGGUAUAUACCUCACAGCAUGAACUAUGACAUUUUAUGGCCUUAUAUCUGAAUGACCUCACGCUUUAGUCAUUGUCUGAUUGGUUUCAGUGAAAGUCUUUGUCAUUGAAGCCUCCUAUUUUCAUAUGUAAAGCACUAUCUCAGUAUCUAAAGAGAUAUAUUUUCUCAGCCUCACUUAACAAAGCUACUAUUUUGGUAGAAUUUGACAGUGCACAAAGCAAGCCAAAAAUGAGAUUUGACUUGUAUACACGUGCACAUAUUUAUGUACAUAUAUUCAUACAAAAGCCAUUAUUUCAAAGUCAUUUAUAAGCUGCUAAAUAAUGCCAAAAAAUACAGAAUUUAUAUAGUGUCAGUAAUCUACAUAACUUUACAUUUUGGUUCACAGAAUCAAUUGGAUUAUAAUAUAAAGUAACAUCUGUUUAAAUAAUUUCCUAUGGUGUACUGUAUAGUUACAUUUCAGAUUUUAUUGGAUGUUACAUCCAGGAUUUUCCUAUUUAUAUAUUUGUCAGAUCUAUUGUGCUGAUUCUUUUCAAUGUGAAAUUAUUCAAAGUAUCUUUGUUUCAAACAGUAGCUCUAAUGGACUCCUUCAAGUUUUCAAUGGAGCAGUUUGUUUGAGGUGCAGGUUAAUUUAGUUUCCGACUACUUUUACAUGCACUUAAGUAGUCUGAUGAUUACCAGCUUUUGUCAUUAACCUGAUUCCUGACCCAUAAAUGAGAAACAUAGUCUCCUUUAGCAGUUUAAGGCAUUAAGUGCUCAUGUGCAUGACAGAGACCAAGGACAGGGAAGGUAUCAUCACUGUGGUAGUAAUCUUGCAGAAAGGCAAUAUUGUGACAUAUAAGGUACAUACAUCCAAAGUCCAGUCAGUGAUGAGCAAACCUUUUGAUUUCCCUUUUAUAAAUAUAAAUAGUUUAGUUUAUUACAUAGGUUGAGUCCGUUUCCAACGCGGCACAAAUUAAAACACAUGCACAUAGUAAAACAUGCUACCCUAUGAUAGAGCCCAUCCUCUCAAUUUUCCAUUAAUCCAAAUCCUCGAAUCAAAAAAAAAGUCAGUGUACCAGUGCCCUUUUAUUGACCAAGUUUCUUAUGUAACACAUUUAGAUCCACUCACAGUGCGGAAAAGUUGAUUCCAACUGUGGAGGAGGGAUAAGUCAUCCAGUUUCAUACCUUAACCUGAUUUCCGACAGUUACCUGGUUUCUUAUGUGCAUGUAAAUGUGGUGAAAAUUGAAGAAUUAAUUUCUCUGAGCUGUGAUGUAACUUAAGUAGGGACAAGUCGUAGAAAUUUACUAUUAGAGAUGGAGACAGUGUUUACCAUCACAGUUUAAUGUUUGCACAAGGAAUUCUGCAACAGACUGAAUAUUUGCCUAAUGUUACAUUUGUCAGAUAGCUAAAGGAAUCUGGCUGUAAGAGUCAGGAUUGAUGGUGAGUUAUAUAUUGUGAUAUCUUGUAGAGUUUUAGGUUUCAGUAACUGUAUAAUAAAAAAGACUAAAUUAACUAAGUUUAGGUGAAUGCUAGAAAGCAUGUUGGAGAUGAAAUUUCCUGUAUGGCUUUUUAUGGGAGGUCAGACUGCUUAAAUACACAUGUACAAUAUGAGAAACGUGCAGCCAGUCUCCAAGGAUCAUGGAAGGGUUUGGCUGUGCCUUGCAGCACAUCGCUCUCAGGAUGCUUUCAGUUUUCUAAUUUUGAGGUUUUUUUUCCUGCCAAAAACCUGUGGUUACUGGCAAGAGUGUACUCUGAUCUAGUGAUAUAUUUUGUGAACAUCCUACAUGUAACAUGUAGUACCUUAAAGUUAGUUAUGUACAGUUGAAACAUGGAUAUGGCAUUGCAAAACUUUGUACUUUUUGUGUAUAUCCUCUUUAUGCACCUUGAGAUCUAGAAGAGUUAGCUAAAGGGUGGAUUUAUGUGGUGCAGCUUCAGUCAGAUGAAGUAAUGCUGGUUAUCCAUGAGGGUGUCCAUGUUGCCAAAGACAAACAUGGGUGUAUAAAAAAAGCAAGAAGACACACUGAUUUGCCUAUUUUUUUAAUAUGACAAUUGCAAGUGUAGAACCAGGGAUCCUGACUGGGCCUUUACAUUUUUCCCAUUAGUAAGCCUAAAGAUGGUAAUUUUGGAUGCUAACCAGGAAGUUUGGUGUGACCCCCAGGUCAUCCAAUCAAACCUAUCACUUUUUCCCAAAAUGUAUUACCUAAUGGGGGCACAUCACCAUCAGUUUUGCUAGUUCAUGCUCCCAUUAGGUUUAACUCCCUUGAUUUGAAUGAUCACUUGCUUUUUCUUUACUCACACCCUCAGGACAAAGUGCUGCAUGAAACAUUCAGCCUGUGAUUACAGAGAGGUUGUACCAUAUAAAGCCAGCCCUUAUAGCAGGACCGUGCUUUGAGUACAUUUAAAGGGAAAUGCCACUUAUUUUCAGGAUUCAGGAAUGGUACCUCUAAGCCUGCUAUUAAAUUGCAUGACUAAGCACUACAAAUUUACAGUAUUGUAUCACAAGAGUUUCCCACUUAAUGUUUAAUGUUCGAUUUGUAAAAAAGAAAAAAAAAAAGCGUGAGUAAAAUAACAAAAAUGCAUUAGUGUAUGGUUUAUUGUUCGGCCAUUUUACUACCUUAAAUAAUUAAUAAUAUUUGAAAGUGACGUGGAGCUCAAAUGCAAAAUACACAAAAUUCACAUUUAAAGUGAUGAUUAUAAAGAAAAAUUGUGAGAAUUUUUAAAGUGAGUGGUAUUACUCUUUAACAGGGCUAAUUAUGUGAGCCUAACUAUGUCUCAGUGGUGGUGCUUUACAAAUAUAUAUUUCUUUAUAAUGUUUAGGUACAACAGUGGUAUAUGAACAGACAUAAAGAAAAAAAUAACUGUUGAAUGUGUUUUGCCCAAAAUGAAUUUUGGGCGUUGCUGACUUUGUUUUUUCAUGAAAAAAGACGAGGCCACUUUAGGCUUGCUGUCUGUUCAUGAGAAGGUGAAACAAACUGCCUAAAUGUUUCUUCAUGUGAAACAAUCAGAUUGCAAGGCUGCUGUCAAGGUUGUUUCUGGCAUUUGGCUAAAAGUUUGCGUGCCAUCCUUUUCCCUUGAGAUAGCUGAGUUAUCAUCUCAAAAAAAAAUGUGCCCUCAGUGCAAAGACUGAAAUGCUGCAUGCUGUCACUGAUAGAAGAAAUUGCUCUAAAAUGACUAUGUUAAGGUAUCAUUUGUUUUUCAGUGAUAAUGAGAGCCUUCUUUAACCUGAACACUGGAAUAGUCUAUUGCCUGGUGAAUAAAGACUAUAUGUAUUUUGGUGUGUUAAGGAAUUAAUAACUGUAAGGCCAGAACAUAAAUCUACUGAAAUAAUUAUAAGUCUGCAUUAAUAGGUGAAUCGGUGGGCACACUUAUACUUCAACAUCUGUGACAGCUGUGUAGCAGUUUAUGAAAAAACAAACUUUGUUCAGCUAUAAUUGGAUUCCUGGGCUGCUUACAGUGCAUUAAAUGAAUGUUGAAUCAGUUGAAAUCUAAUCUUGGUACUGUCCUUAAAAACCCAGUUAUUUUAUGGUUUUAGAAAGAUACCCACGCAUGAUUUAAUUUUAGCUAACUUUUUUUUUUUUUUUUUGCUCACAAGCUUGUAGAUUACUAUUUCUGGCACAGUGCCACAUUGCUUUCACGUCACUGUGAUUCGAUAAAAUGUGCUCAUGGAUAAAGUGGACCCAACAAAAGUCCAUCUGGAUCAAAAUUUUGUUCUGGUUUCUGACAGCUUCCAAAAAGAUACCAUUUUCACUGGGCAGUAUACUACUUCCAGGAUAAAAAAUAAAACCCUCACUAGCACUACAAAAUACUUUCAAAGUACCAAUCCUGUAUUUUGCUGCUUUGCCAGAAGGUUAAACUAAAAGGCUACAAUGGUGGUUCAUAGUCCUUUCCCUUCCUUUCUAAGUGCCGCAAACAACUAAGCCACAAAUGUCUAGAAUUGACUUUUGCUUGUUGAUACAAAUUGUAUCUAUACCUUGAAUGUAACAAAAUAUGAAAUGUAUAAUAUGAAAAUAGUUUUAUUUAAAUAAAGGGGAAAAAAAUCAAUGCCAUAAUGUUUGUGACACUGUGUGUCACUGGGAGUAGCCCAUUGGUAUGUACUAAUUGUUACUGGGUACAGUAGUUAAUUUACAGGGACAUUUACGUGCUACUUAAAAGUGCACAGAUACCCUGUGUACAGCAGUAAGCAUCAUGUCCUCUUUGUACAUAGUCACACGUGUGUGUGUAUAUAUAUAUAUAUAUAGAAAGCGAUCUGUAAAUGUAACAAGUUACUUAAGUUGUUCAAAUACUUCAGAUAAUUUCUGUGUUGUAACCUGUGCACCUUGGUUAAGUGCAUCUAUUUCCUCUGAACUGACAUGUCUGCUUUAUGCUAUUUUAAUGGGAAUUUAAAUAUUUUUGGAUAUAUUUUGCCUAAUAAAACAUGCCAAAGUUAUUCUUGGGUGACUUUGUCAAAAAUAAUUUCUUGAGGUCCAGCACAUGGGUUGUCAUGCAAUGAAUUCUAUAUUUCCGAGGACAAAGGGUUUCUGUUCCACGUGCUGUGAGCUAAGAGAAACUAACACCAAACACAAAUCAGUGUCAGACUUAGUGGUUAAAAUGGUUCAAAGUAUAUACAGAAAUUGCAGUCUAUUGUCAACCGCAUACUGACUCUGAAUAGUAAAUCUAGUGUCAGUUAUUACUCAGAUUUGUGUUUGAUGUUUGGUGCUCUUUUCAGAUACAGAUGUUAUUGAAAACUGGAGUUUAUUGGAGCGUUUGGCAGUUGAUUUAAUGACUAACUCUCCAUGUUGACAAAGUAGAAGUGUAUUGAAUUGUGAUUUCUUUUACGACUGAAUUAUUCACCAAUUGUAAUUUAAUAAUUUCGGUCUUUGAGACCAGCUUGCAUUAAAUUAGCGCUAUUUUGAAAAUGUUAAAGCUGAUAUUGUCAAUAUUGUAAUAACCUAAGUUCAGAAUCAGUUGUUGUUAGCUAAGAUCAAGACCAAAGUGAUUUGUGAUGUAUAUGCAUUGCAUACUUGUUAUGAUAAUUGGUUCAAAGAGUUGUGAACUCCCUGAUGUCUUGCAGUUUGGGCCAGCACAUGAAAUUACUGGUGUACAAAAUGCCAUGACAAGAGGCACACACAAUUAAACGGGAUUGUACACAUACAGUAUACAGUGUAAUACUCAGGUUAAGUCACACAAACAUUUUAAAUCACAAGCACUCGUAUUCUAAUAUUAAGAAAUUCAGUGGUCACCUUUCUGAAGUAAGUGUAGGUCUCCUGUUUAACUAGACCAUUGUGUCUACAAUGUAAAAAAGGGAACUAUAAAGCAAGUUUUUUUGUGUUGUGAUGAUCUGCAGUAUUGUAAUUCUCACUGACUGGAAAGCAUUGCUUUUAUAGACCAAAAUAUACAAAAAUAGACUAUUUGGGUCUGUUGGCUCAAACAAAAUGUAAGUCUUAAUGACAAACUGUGUUUCUCUCCAUAAUAAAGCAAAAUUCUGUUCAAA